AAAUUUCAUCGCGAUUGGACCAACGGUGUAGAAAUGCAGAGCUGAACGAGCUGAACAGACACGAUAUUUUAGAGAGACGUCAAGUUAAAACUUCAGUGUGGUUCAAUUUUCGCGUCUGUGCGGUUUCGUUCCUCAUUCCAAGUUUGCCUAAAAAACUCGCCUUUUUUAGUAACUUUUCCUACUUAUUUCAACAUAAAUUCCGUUCCUUACCAAAUAACAGCAAAAAUGGUGCAUCUUGUUGCUGAUACGGCUGAUUUCGAUGGGAAAUUGGACUCUGCAGGAGAUCUCCUGGUUGUUGUGGACUUCUUCGCACUGUGGUGUGGCCCAUGCAAGAUGAUCGCCCCGAAGCUUGAGGAGUUGGCCAAUCAGUACUCUGAGAAGGCGGUCGUCCUCAAGGUGGACGUGGACGAGUGCGAAGAGCUGGCAAUGCGCUACAACAUCUCCAGCAUGCCCACAUUCUUGUUCAUCAAGAACAAGGAAGUCGUGGAGUCCUUCUCGGGUGCCAGUGGCGAAAAACUGGCCAGCUUCUUCGCCAAGUACACCGCCUAAAAUCAUUUUGCACACACCUUUUCUGCACUAAAAACAUUAAAUUUUUACACACAAAAAUGCCACAUAAGUGUACAGUUGUCAUGGGGCUUCCGCCCCUUGCGCAGGAGCGCUACCAAGUAGAUUUGAAUCAGUCUCAAGCUUCACUAUUGUGCUAAAAAAAAAGAAUUUUCUACAAAUAGGGAUUUAGAAUGUUUUCUUUUUACAUUAAUUGCUGGGAAAAUGAAAAAUUGUUCAAUAAAAAAAAAUCCUUGCUCGAUGCAAUCUCUCUCAGUUGUUCUGAAAAGGGGGAAUUUGGCUUGUAAAAUGUGCCACGCUGUUGCAGUUUAAAAUAAAAAUUGCAAAUAAUUCAAUAAUAAUUAUAAAAUUGCCAACUCAUUGAACAUUUUUGUGGAAUUUUGAUAAUCUCAACUGCCUAGAAAUGCCCGGCUACACUGAAAAUAAUUCUUUGAAAAAGUUUUGGUAAAUGUGGUAAAUUAACCAAAUACUAUCUUUGGUUAUUCUUCGACAAUAAAAUCCGAAAGAUAGGGAGAGCCAAUGAUGAAAGAGAAUUUUUAUUAUACUUAAAAAAAAAAAAACAAUUUAUCAGAGAUGAAAAAAAUGCGGAAAUUCAGCAACUUGAAGUUUGAAUAAACUUUUCUUCCCGGAACGGUUUGAUGUGCUUGCCGGAAAGUGCCAUAAGUGGUUGGAAGUUGUGCAAGAAGACUGCCUAUUGCAUCAGGAAGUUUCUAAAGGAUCUUAGGAACUUCCUUUUCAACACCCGGCUGAUCUUUGAUUCCAUUUAGGGGUGAAAAUCUGUCUAGGAAGUUUUCUUUGCAAUUGCGAGAAGCAUUUUUAUACACUCAGAUUUCGACCCCUAAAUGAACUCAAGGAUCAACCGGGUGUUGAAAAGGAGGUUCCUAAGAUUCAUUAGGAAGAUCCUGGUACAAUUAGCAGGAUGACUACACAAUUUCCAGUCACUUAUGGCACUUUCCGGGAAAACAGUGUACAAACUUCAAGUUGAUCUUGAAACCUAAUAAACAAAUUUUGCCAAUCAUUAAUCGAUUAUUGAGGUCAAUAUUGAGUCAAUAUAGGUCCACAUAGAUGAAAGAUCGGAUUGACAAACAAUAACAGAUUAAUAGUUAAUCAAUCAGAUUGAUAGACAAUUUCAAUUUGUGAUCAAUCUGAUUGAUUAUCAAUAAUUGAUCAAUCAGAAAAUUGCGUGAUUGACCGAGGAUUGAGCAUAAAUUGAUAAAAAUUUUAAAGAACAAUAGUUGUUCAAUAUUUUAGCAUAAAUUAACCAAUUGAUUGAUAAAAAAAUGAACAAUACUUGAUCAAUCAAUGAUAAAUAAUUAAUUGAGUUGUAAUUGAAUCAAUAUUGAGUCAAUGUUGGUUCGCAUAGAUUAUCAAUUAUUGAGCAAUCAGAAUUGACCAUAAAUUGACCAAUGAUUGAUCAAUCGAGGACUUUUUUCAAUUGAUUUAUCAAUUAUUGCUCAACUUGUUGUCAAUCUUAUUGAUUCAAUCAUAAUUGAGUUUUUAUUGGCUCAAUCAUUUUUUUUUACUGGGAAGGGAUCUUCCUAAGGGUUUUAAAGUAUCCAAAAUCCCUUCUUCAAAUUAAAUUAUUAAUGUUUCAAAAUGAUUUAAAAUCAAAAUAAACAAAUCCGUUGAAAAACUCAAAGAAAUAAAGAGAAUUACUUUACCAACUUUAACCACAAUUUACCAAACUUCAACAAACGAUUUUUUUCACACCACAAAUGCAGCAUUUUCAACGUUAAAGAGAAAAUUUUGCAUUUUAUGAAUGUAUCUGCUGCAGAUUUAAUAUCCCAUCCAUAUAGGUAACCUUCGACAUGGAAUAAUGCAAUUAAUUUCCAAGCAAUUUCACAACAAAAAGAACUCACCAGUGAGUGGCACAGAAACCCAAUUGCAAUGCAAAUUCCAUCUUUGUGAGCAGCAGCAGUAAAACCUUGAAUCCCAUUUUUAAAUAGAAUUAAUAUUUUCUGGAAAUAUUUAUUUUUUUAAUUUAUCUUCUUUUUUCAUUGAGAAAUAUUAAUAUUUCACAAAUAAUAAAAAAAAAUGCCAGGAACUUCUUAAAUUUUGAUAGACGUGGUUUUUGUCCUUUUUUUUAUAUAAAGACGAAGAAGGAUAUGAGAUUUUGUGAAUGUGAUUGAAGAUAAAUUGCCUUGUUUACAGUGGAGAACACAUUAUUGAAUCAAUAAGACAGAAUGUACGAAAAAGUUACAAAUAAAUGGUAUCUGAUGUUUAAAAAAAAA